GUGAUAGUGGUGGUGGCGGCGGCAGCGACGGCAGAGAAGCGAGAGGAGAAGGCGGAGUAACAUACGCAGCGCGGCGUAGUAUCGCAGGAAAUGAUGGCAACGCGUGAGAACCUGAGAACCCGUCGGUCAUUCGUGCCGUCGACGGGCGAACGUCGCGCGCGAUCGUUCUCCGGAUGAGGCGUCCGGGGAACGCGUAUAUCCGCCACUCAACUCCAAGUGCCAUUUUCGUAUCCAGUUAUAUCAUAUCCAGUUAAAUAUUAAUCGCGGGAGACGCGCCUAGGGAGACGCGCGUGUGUGUGCCUGUGCACGCACCUCGCCACGGACAACAUUCUCGGUUCGUUCACUCGCUUCUGUUGGAGAACGUGCGACAGGGCUGACGACUCACUCGGCUCCGAACGGGCGGCGGACGAUAUAAUUCUGACACGCGGGCGUGUUGCACCGUGGACGUGGACUCGGUGGUAUCGUGCUAGUUAGUUACCCCGUUAUCCCGGAGGCUUAUCAAGUGACAACGAGCGAGAAUCGUCUUGACGGAGUAACGACGCGACGCUCCGACACAGUUUUGCCGUUUAUCGUCGAUCGUUCGUCGAAGGCGCCGCGUCCAGCGAUGACGGCACUUCGAUGGUGCAGAGGCUCAAGAAUAUCUCUCUAUUUAUGGGAGAAACAUAAACAGUGACCUGAACGCAACGUUUAGAUUCGGAAGCUGUUUUUGCGUGAACAGCGAUUACAAGUGGCGUUUGUCCCGGAGAGGACGCAAAGGACCACGAAACAUAACGGUGCGCGCGAGGGUACAAAAGAGACUCGAGAUGCCUGAUAGCGCAAUGGAAGAGGACCUUCUCGGUCCGGAAUGGUUGUUCGGUGAAUUGAGAUCGCAGGAUGGUCCCAACAAGCUUCUUAUUCUGGACUGUAGGGCACACUCCGACUUCUCCGAUGCCCACAUAAGAGGCUCGGUACCUCUGACCAUACCCAGUAUCAUGCUGCGAAGAUUGGCUGCUGGUAAAGUGGACCUCUUGUCCACGAUACGGUGCUUAGAUCUGAGAAACAGAGUGGAGAUGUUUCUGUGCGGGGACGAGAACAGAAGGGGGACGUUUGUACUAAUCGGCGACUCGACGGAUGCAGGUCAUCAGGGUGAAACCUUACAAGUUUUGAGCCGGAGACUUAAGAGCAGCGGUGGACACGUUGCCGCUUUAAUCGGUGGUUUUGAAGCAUUUAAAGAUAAAUAUCCCGAGUGGUGCGAAGGUAGUCAAGCCACUAAUGAAUGUGACCCAGGUCAGGACAAUAACGAUGGUGAAUUAAUGGGCCUUAGAUCCCUUCGAAUAUCUGCUCCACCAACCAGAUCUUAUUCAGAUUCUGACAGUGACAGCACGUGUGAUUCAAUUGGUCCCGAGGAAGAUAAAGAUUUUCCGGUGGAAAUUUUACCUCAUUUGUAUCUCGGUAACGCGGCCAAUAGUGAGGAUCGCGAGUCUUUAGCGCGGCACAGGAUACAGUACAUACUCAAUGUGACACCGGAUUUGCCAAACGUAUUUGAAAGUGGCGGCUCAAUAAAGUACAUGCAGAUACCGAUAAGCGAUCACUGGAGUCAGAACUUGGCUAGUUUCUUCCCGCAGGCGAUUCAAUUUAUAGAGGAGGCACGGAACUCAGAUAAGGGAGUGCUGGUACAUUGUUUGGCCGGAGUUUCUCGAUCUGUCACGAUCACCGUGGCUUAUCUCAUGCACAAGUGCAGCCUCAGCCUGAACGAUGCUUUCAACCUAGUACGUAGUAGAAAGUCCAAUGUUUCACCGAAUUUUCACUUUAUGGAGCAGUUGCACAGCUUCGAGCAGGAGUUGAGGGACCGAGGGGGAGAAAACAAAAGUAACGACCAGAGGUGCAUUGGAGCAUGUCGACCCAAUGGGCCCUGCAAUUGUCCAGCGCCCAGCUUCCUGAGUCCCAUUGAUCUGGGACUCAGUCCCGACUCGGGAAUCGAGUUUGACAGGUGGGCGGCAAGCACACCGGCCGAAUGAAACGAACUUGGGGGUACCCAAUACAAAUUUUAGGUCUCUCCGUCGUACGCAUUAUCAGGGAAAUCCUGAUCGAAGGUUAUGAUAAUGCGCUUUAUCAUUUUUGAUAUGCGAGACGAGCACUGAAGUCCGCCCCCGCCGCGGUAUAUUUCCAGAUGAAAUGGAAUAUACAGACGCGUUUGGGGAGUGCCGAGAUGUAGAUUUUAGAGGCAUCCGAAGUUAGUUACCGCGCCGACACUUCCCUUUCGUAAUUUUUCGUUUCUUUCGAGCCUCAUUCCUGGUGUAGCUACGUAUAGCUACGUUUAUUAAAGAUAUAUAAAUUAUUUAAAUUCUGAUUAAAUUGAGUUUUAAAAGGAUUAGUUUCCAAGGAUACGCGUGCGUAUCGCAACACUUGUUUAAUACUCAACGUAUAGAAGAAAAUAUACGAAUACCUUUGCCAAAAUUUAGAGACAAUUUAGGAAUGAGGGGAUUAAUACUUGAGAAAGAAAAAUAUAUAUCAAUUAGAAAAGAAAUUAUCUCUUCGUUAGACGAUUAGCUUUUCAGCAUACGCGUUCAGUAAUAAUAUGCUUCGAUAUAUUCCUGCAGCGACGAUGCCUGUCUAUCUUGAAAUUUUCGUUUACGAAAAUUUGGGCACGUUAUGUUACGCCGUCGAAUCACGCUAAUAUAAUGCAGUCGUGUUGUGACUUAGGGAAAGAGUAAACGAUAUGGCUGUUAAUGCCCUUCUGUAAAAAAAAAAAAAAGAAGAAGCAACGUUUAUAAUGCUCUUUUCUGAAUUGUUGUGGCAGCAAAGGACAUUGAAAGUAUUUUGUAAACGAGAUCCCGUAAUUUCUCAUCGCGCAACAGUCGCGCAAUUGUAAUUGUACAUUCUGAUGUUAUGCUUCCAAGUUUUGAGAAACCUUUAGCGUGUAUGAUUGUAAACGGUAUGCGAGAUAUAUCGGAUUCAAGCACUGUGUAUUUGCGAGGUAAUAAUGCAUACCGCCAUACCUCAAGAGAGCUCUAGAACAUAUAUAUAUAUAUAUAUAUAUAUAUACAUAUAUAUAUUUUAAUACUUCUUUCCCCAAAUCCUUCAAUUAAUGAGGCUGUGUUUAUUUUACUGCAAGCGAUAUUUCAUGCGCGAAGUAAUCUCUAAACGACGAGUUCCCACCCGGCAAUUAAAAGUAGUCGAAGAUAAACAUCACCGCUUAGUAUGCUAAGUUUUGUGGUACAAAAUUAAGGGAGGUUCUAUACACACAGGGGCGAAUUUAAAGUUUCGCGAAAUCGAUAAAAAAAAACGAUAAUUUACUCGUGAUAUUCGCGUAAGCUACUAAGAAAGCGCAGAUAUUUUCUUUCAGAAACUAGCAUUUUUAAAGUCUGACUCAAGUAAAGGACGAAGUUCCGUUCAACUGAUUCUUAAAUCCGCCACUGAGCUUCUACUCAACUGUAGUCAACUAUAGUUUAUGUAAAAAGUAAAACUCGACAUUUGUAACGAGUAAUUUUCGAUGUAGUUUUUCAACACACUAUAAAGUAACUUACAUCGGGUAAUUGCCUCAAUGCAUUCUGACCUUCGAAAUGCGCGAAAGGUAUAUGCACGUCGCCUCAGGUACAUAUGCCAGUAACUUAAGUUUAAGAGAGGACACAUCUUAGGAAUCAGUGCAUUUCUGUAGGGCAUUCCGAAUCUCUCUCUCCUGCUCAUAAGAAAAACUAGGCUUGUCACUGGUUUUAACGGAGUUAAAGGAACUUGCGUCCAAGUUACUCAGAAAUGGUGCAUGAAGGCGUUACUUUAAAAUCUUGUUCUUUAUCAAUUCGGAAGGCAUAUGGUUUUGAAAUUACUGAAAUUAGUAUGCUAUUAUUAAUAGUAGGUAUAUUUAACCUACUAAAAAUGUAUGUAGAAAGGUGCUCCGAUUUUUUUUAAAGAUCUUAUUUUAUAAAAAUCUCAACAUCUCUUGUUUCGUUACAUCACAGCCCUUGAUGGGCCAAAGCUUUCAAUAUGAAGUCCUAUGCGGACUCUGAUUUCCUCAUUGGUUUCGUCACAGUUGAUUUCUUGAUAUAUUUAUAUGUAAUGUUUAAAUGUUUAAAUUAAAGUUUUUUAUUAAUUUCGCUUUAACAAUUGUUUUUUUUACCUGAGAUAAAUGUUACUAUAAUAUUAAAGUAACGCUUUCAAAUAUCGGAAAUUGAUCUUAUUGUCAAGCAGACUCCGUCGUCACUGUUACAUACAGAAAUCUGAAAGAUAAUGGUUCCUGCACGUUACAUUUUUGCAUCAGAGCAACUUCGGAUUUUUUACAUAGAUACUUUUCUACACGAGGACGUUGGGCCUGUGCUUUCGUAUGAAAACGCAUCUAGUUAUACAUUGCUAGUAAUAACUCGUGCGCUAAAUUGGAUUCUGAAUUGUAUGAAUCAGCACUGUUUCUAUUAUCUUACAGAUCUCAGAUAUAUAUUGAAAGUUAUUUUUAUAAAAGAAAAGAAAUGCAUUCACAUUCCCGAGCCAAAAUGGCCUGACACUGUAACUAUCUUUCAUCUACUACUAUAUGUAUCGUUCAUUGAGCAUAAUUGAAGUUAAUAUGAGUGUAUACAAAUGAAUGUUAUUUUUGGUGUAAUAAUUAACUGCAACAGUUGCGGUAAUUAAUAACUCGUGGCUAUUGCGGGAGUAAAUUGAUAUAUAACUAUCGAAAUAUAUAUAUGUAUAUACAUAUAUAUAUAUAUAUUUGACGUUAAUGUAAUAACAAUAUUCUACUAUUACACUGUUGUCUGUUGUAUGUUUACUGGGUGCGUGUGCCCGAGAAAUUUAAUCAAAUAUAUGUGUAUAUUAUAUAAAUUAUUAUUUUAUAUUCAUCGUUGUAUAUAUAUUUUAACUAAUUUUCAUUAGAAAUACAACUUAUCUUACUUAAACUGUAAGUAAUCGAUUGUCACUUAAGCAGGUCAUUUACAUUCCAUGCAGGUAACUUUGUCUCUUACUUUCCAAAUUUGUUCGACGAUAUGAAACGAAAUAGAUAUGCGUUGUACACAUUUCUCUACGUUGAGAUAUUAUAUCUGCCAUGGUAAUAGUAAUAAUUAAUUCAAUUUCUAUUAUCUGAAUGUGUAACAGUCGUUUUAAUUUUUUCCUAUAUUGCAAACACGUUAAUUAAUUCAUUUUUGUACUUCUGAUGUAAAAUCGAUAAUAAAAUUUGGAGAAAUAAUUCCUUCGAAUUUUGUGUUAUCGAUAUAUAUUAUAAAAAUAUGUAUUAUGUAUCUCUUGACAACAUGUUCGUUUACUAAGAAAUAUUUAUGUAUGCUUUACGACAAAAGAAAUUAAAAAAGUACGUAAAAGCACUAAAGCACAUAUCAUUUUAUCUUAGUCCCGAAACAGUCAAUAUGUAUGUCGAAUAACUUUAUCUUGAUCCGUUGUAAUGAAUAAUUGAGCAUAAAUAAAUUGUUAAGAUAUUAAUUUAAAA